GCACUACGUAGUGCACUAUAGUUCUAUAUGGAGUCAUUUAGAACGCAACCACUCGAUUUAUGAUUUGAGCGUGUUAGCUGACAUUUGUGUUGGUAAUCCGUUUGUCGUUAAUUACGAAAGAAUCAUGGAGCUUCUGCCCAUCCUCUGUCCAGAAGAUAAGCCCAGAGAAAAGCAGUGGUAUGCUCUAGUGCCCAGAGGUGAAGCUCCUGGACUCAGCGUCGGUCACACCUGCAUGUUCAUGCCUUCAGCCAUCGGGGGAAAAGGGCAGAUUGUGAUAGUCGGAGGGGCGAAUCCAAGCGGCAGCUUUUCUCACUCCUUUCUUAUAAAUCUCGACAGUCAUGAAUGGGACAUUCCAGCUUGGGAAGGCCUACAGUCGAGAUAUGAACACUGUAGCUUUGUGUCAGAGAGUGACCCUGAGAGUCUGUGGGUGUUUGGAGGAGCUGAACAGAGCGGUAACCGGAACUGCGUUCAAGUUGUACACACUACAGACAAUGCUAAUUGGCGGACCCUGGAGGUGAAAGGGACAUGCCCGAGCCCGAGAACAUACCACACUAACUCGGCGUGUGUCAAAGACAGACUGUUUGUUUUUUCUGGUGGAGAAACUGGGGCCACGCCGGUGACUGACCCCCAGGUUCACGUCUUUAACACAGUAACCUGCACAUGGUCACAGUCAGAAAGCAAAGGAAAGCCUCCCUCACCACGGCACGGUCAUGCGAUCGUAGCCGUCGGAUCCGUCAUCUACGUCCACGGAGGGAUGGCAGGAGAGAAGUUCCACUCUGAUAUGUUCUGUCUAGAUACAGAGAGUAUGAAGUGGGAGCGGGUGAAGGCUAAAGGAGACGUUCCUCCAGGAACAGCAGCUCACUCCGCCGUGGCUUUGGGGAGAAAUAUUUAUACUUUCGGAGGGAUGACGGCAGACGGAGCGAGCAAUUCUAUGUACAAGUUUCAGACUGACAAACAACGCUGGACUCUGAUGAAAUUUGAAGGUGACCUUCCACCGAACCGACUGGAUCACUCCAUGUGCGUUGUGCCCUGGGUAGAAAGGACAGACUCUGGCGUGGAGGAGAAGGGAGAAAGCUGUGAGAGGGAAACAAAGCAUCUGUGCUUUGUAUUCGGAGGCAUGGAUACUCAGGGGCUCAUUUUCAACGAUUGUCUAGUCACUGUGUUAACGUGAUGCUAUUUAACUACUUUUAUUUUUAUAAUAAACACAAAACUCUUGACAAAA